AUGUUAGAGCCUGUCAUCACUUCAUUCACUAGUUCACCUUUAAUCUUACAGAGACGGUGGAGAGAAGUCAUAACCAGCAGCACUAAACUUCCACUGCAGACCUGCACAAUGAGAGACUACAACUGUAAAGAACACAUAGACAAAAUCCUCCAAGAUGCUCCGACCGCAAGGAAAGCUCUUCUCGACAACCACAGCAAUCUGCUCAAGGUGGCCGACUACUGUCAGAACAAAUACCUCAAUGUAGAGGACACCAAAAGUGUGAUUGAGGAGUCCAAAGCCCUGACCACUCAGGCUCUGGCCAGUGUCACAUAUCAGAUCAACAAUCUGGCCACGAAUCUGCUCAAGCUCUUGGACACUCAGACGGUUCAGCUCAAACAGAUGGAGUCCUCCAUCAACAUGCUGACGCUGACAGUGGCCAUGUACAAGGAAAAGAUUGCUCGGGGAGAGAUCGGAGUGCUCACCAAACAGGCAAAAGUUCCCAGGACCCAGAAGGUGGUUCCUCCUGCAAAAGGACUGGAGCCGUUUCGUGGUUACAGACGUGUUCCCAUAUCCUACAGCUGCUUGGACAAACUGGGCCACGGACACUGGCAAGGCAAUAAAACUGAAGAGACAAAGACAGAAAGCGACUAUGAGGACUCUAUGUCUGUACAGCUCAGCACACAGGAGACCAGCACCUUUAACUGGUCUUUUUUGGGUAUCGCUGUUCCUCCGCCAUCUGUUCCUGCCUCAGUGGGUUCUAGUGUCGCAGCUCCACCUGAUUUCUCUCCAGCUUCACCCUCUCCUUCACCACUGUCUGUUCGCUCUCCGUCUCUGCCUCCGUUUGCCUAUCCCGACCUCUCCAUGCUGCCUCCUCCACUUCUGCCAGAUGAUGACAUGGGAGACGCUCCACCUCCACCACCUCCUCCAUCUCCUCCUCCACCUGGUUCUGUGUAUGGAGGCUCUUUGGUUCCCCCUCCACCACCUCCACCUGGCACAAACACCACAAUGACAGCACCACCUCCUCCUCCUCCUCCUGGAAAUAUGAGUGUCCCACCUCCACCACCUCCUCCUCCAGGUAAUAUGGGUGUCCUACCUCCCCCACCACCACCUCCUCCAGGUAAUAUGGGCGUCCCACCUCCACCACCACCUCCUCCUCCAGGUAAUAUGGGCGUCCCACCUCCACCACCACCUCCUCCUCCAGGUAAUAUGUGUAUCCCGCCUCCACCACCGCCUCCUCCUGGUUACACUGGGUCAUCACUUCCUCCACCAGCACCUCCACCUCCACAAAAUGCCUCCAUGGCACCACCGCCACCACCUCCUCCUCCUCUUGGAGGAAAAUUUCUUCCACCUCCUCCUCCUCCACCUCCCCCAUUUUAAAUUGUGAAUUUCAAUAUUAAUUUCAUGUAAGUGGAUGUGAAAUAAUUGGGAUAGGUGUUUUUUAUAUCAUUUUUACUAAACUGUAUAAACUUUUAUUUUUAUAAAUGUUACAUAAAUGUUAUAAAUGCUUGUAGUUUAGUUUAUGUAUAAACUGUGUUGUGUUUUUAAAGCAGAUUAAAGUGUGUAAUAAUCAACAUGUUUUUACCCGUUUUAUGAUGCUCAUAAAAACAAGAGGAAAUCUUUUUAAA